AUGACAAGUGACGACCAGUUUUUCUUCGAUUAUCUUGCCUCCAUUCCGCAUGACGUAAGGAGAUAUUCCCUCGAGGUCGCAGACUCGAUCGACCGACAAGUCGAUCAUGUUGCAACGGUGAUCCGCGAUACACUCUCUCAUCAGUCAUGGCUACCUCCUGCCGUUAGGCCGGCGCCAAAAUCACAUCCUGGUUUUCGUGCGCCUCCUUUGCAGUCCUUCACGGAUCGCGUUCAUGAUUGGUUUAUCCGAAAUCGCGCAUGGAGCGCUGCUAUCCUCGCCUUCGUCGGAACCGGUACCGCUUUGUAUUUUGGAAAUAAGAAGCUCCAUGGAAGACGGCGAAAGGCAAGGAGGGCCGGAAAUGGUGCUCGGAAGGAGAUAGUUGUUGUUGCUGGCUCUCCCCACGAGCCGAUGACCAGAGCGAUUGCGACUGAUCUGGAGCGACGAGGCUAUAUCGUCUAUAUUACUGUGACAUCUGCUCAGGAGGAGCACCUAGUCCAGUCGGAGAAUCGGAUGGAUAUUAGAGCUCUCUGGCUUGACCUGACGGCCACUGCCUCAUCACCUUCAGAAAUUCAUCCUUCUUUGAGUGAAAUCCAUAAUCUCAUCACACAACCCCAGUGCCCGAUGCCCGGCGUGCCACCCCAUACCUGCCAGCUGAGUGGUAUUAUCUUGGUGCCAUCAUCUAGCUAUGUGUCUGGCCCUGUCGCCACGAUUCCAGCAUCGUCCUGGGCCGAUACUAUCAAUACUCGUCUCCUCUCUCCUAUUCUCACCACCCGAAUUUUCCUACCUCUCCUCACUCUUCGCAAGACCAAUAGCACUAUCCUUCUCCUCUACCCCUCUAUUUCAUCAUCGCUUUCGGCGCCUUUCGCGGGGCCCGAGGUCACUACAGCGCGUGCGCUGUCCGGGUUCGCAAGCUCUCUUAGGAGAGAACUAUGCCUUUUGCAGCAUAAAAAUAUUGAUGUUGUGGAACUGAAACUCGGCAAUAUUGACCUCGGCCCCCAGUUCCGGGACGCCCAGAACCAUGUUACCGGAACGGAGGUCCUUGCAUGGAGCGCUCAACAGCGGUCGCUCUAUGGCUCGCAGUACCUCUCAAGCAUUGAACAGCGGCCGGUGGCAUCUGCUGGGCCCAGCACGGUGCGCGGGUCACCAGCCAAAAUGCUCCACUACGCUAUAUUGGAAGCAUUGGAACCGGCAUCCAAGAAUAUCUUUGGGCGAAGAGUAUCUAAGAAACGCGUCUUAUAUGCCGGGCGAGGUGCGCGGUCCUAUAGUAUCAUCGGGGAGUGGGUACCAAGCGGCCUGGUAGGGUGGAUGCUGGGCCUUCGCAGUGGGCCUUCCACGGUACCUGACAGUGCCAGCAACAGCAGUAACAGCGAGUCUGGUUGGGACAAGGUCAACGAUGCGCGAUGA